AUGCUGAUUUCGAGAUCUGCAUCUGCCCUCCUCCGUGGGAGAAUAUGCAGUCCUUCAAAAGUGAUUCUGACAGCGCGAAAUCGAGGACUUCUUACCCUCGCCAUUGAAACGUCAUGCGACGAUACAUCAGUUGCGAUUGUCGAGAAAAAAGACCGAUCCCGAGAUGCCACCGCGAGAAUCCAUUUCCUCGAGAAUGUGACGGCAGAUACUAGGGAAUAUCGCGGCAUUCACCCCAUUUUAGCACUUGAAUCACAUCAGGAGAAUCUGGCCAAACUCGUCGAUAAGGCGCUCCGGCACCUACCCCCCGUGUCAGAAGAUGGCGAAGAUAUAUCAAAUUGGAUAAAACUGGCAGAUGGCUCUCAACGGCGCAAGCCGGAUUUCGUCUCGGCCACGCGCGGGCCUGGGAUGCGCGCGAACCUCUUCACUGGACUCGAUACAGGCAAAGGCCUGUCCGUCGCAUGGCAGAUCCCAUUUGUCGGCGUCCAUCAUAUGCAAGCUCAUCUCCUCACUCCUCGACUUAUUUCCGCCAUGAGCCGGGCGCAAUACGGCAGCGAUGUCGCCUCUACCAACGCACCUCUAACCCCCGAGUUUCCCUUCCUGUCUAUACUUGUCUCCGGUGGUCAUUCAAUGCUUGUCGAAUCUACUUCUAUCACGGACCAUACUAUAAUGGCCUCGACUGCGGAUAUCGCCAUCGGCGAAUCUCUCGAUAAAGCUGCGCGAGAAAUCCUCCCAACCUCGGUCCUCAACGAAGCCAAAACUACAAUGUACGGCAAACUGCUGGAACGGUUUGCCUUUCCCAACGGCGGCGCCGACUGGAGCAGCUACUGUGCUCCCAAGACCCGAGGCGAGGAGCUGAUCAAGCAGCCGAGCCCGUGGGGCUGGACCCUCACGUCCCCCUUUGCCAAUACCCGGCAGCUGCAGUUCAGCUUCUCGUUUUUACCGAGCAUGAUCAACAAAUUGAUGGGAGCGAAGAAGACAGUCGGCGAGAACGUCUCGGAUGAGGAGCGAGUUGCUCUAGCCCGUGAGGCGAUGCGCGUCUGCUUCGAGCAUCUUGGUUCGCGGACGAUCAUCGCUCUUGAAGAGCUGCAGCGGAAAGCGCGGAACAAGGGUGUCCCAGAGGUCAAAACUCUCGUUAUUAGCGGUGGAGUCGCGGCUAAUAGGUUUCUGAUGGCUGUGCUGCGGUCGUUCCUUGAUGUCCGCGGGUUCGGACAUGUUGAGAUUGUUGCGCCGCCGCCGUACUUGUGUACGGACAAUGCGGCCAUGAUUGGGUGGGCUGGGAUUGAGAUGUUCGAGGCAGGCUUCAGCACGGAUCUCGGUGGUAGGGCUCUUAGGAGGUGGGCUCUUGAUCCGCGCGCUGAGGACGGUGGUCUUUUGGGCGCUAAUGGGUGGAUGAUAAAAUAA